ACCGUUAACCACCUUUGAGUGAGUCUGUGCUCUCUCUCAAUCUCUCCCCUAUGUGUGUGUGUGUGUGUGUGUGUGUGGUGUGUGUGUGUGUGUGUGUGUGUGUGUGUUUGUGUGUGUAGGUAAUAAGCUGCUCCGCCACUGCGCAACGAUGGAGCUAUCACAACGAUGGAGAUGACGCAAACCGACCCAGCUCUCCGAAAAAGUGUUUCAAGACGAACAUGGCGGCAACUUAACCGCGGUCCAAGAUGACAAAGGCCAACGGGAGAAAGGAUUCUAGGCUUUCCGCCCAGGUACCGGACAGUGUGCGUGCACCAAAAAGGCUCGUUGCUCUCCUUUAAGUGAAUCUGCAAAACGAAAGGCGGCAGACGCGCAGCAUCAGUACCGAGAGGCUCGCAACCGCUGGUCUCCCUGCGCCCCAGACGAGAGAACAAAUCCGGGGAGGGACGGUAGGGAGAAGGGGGCAUGCGGUCAAAGAGGACGCCGUUUCCCCCCGGAGAGCCAUGGAGAAGCGGGAUGCGGCAGCGCGAAGCUUAAUCUGUGCGGGCGCGCUAAUUGGAUCGGAGUAGCACCGAUUGCUGCGGGCGCGAUAGAGGAGCGCCCUGGACCGGCGGAGGCACGGCACCGUUACAGAGGAGCACCAACCGGAGUCCGUCUCCCCAAGUCAAUGAGUAUUGUGGCAGAGCAGCCCCCGCGGUGGAGUCGGCCAGGGCAGCACUUUCCUAAAAUAUGACCAGGGGUGCUUGGAUGCGUCGGCAGCAUGAUGAGGGCUUAAAAUACUGGUUUGCACCCCGAGAGAACGAGAAGCCAUUUACCGAGUCGGAACGGGCCCAGAGAUGGCGACUGUCGCUGGCCUCUCUGCUGUUCAUCACCGUCCUGCUCUCUGAUCACUUGUGGUUCUGCGCCGAGGCAAAACUGACGCGAACCCGAGACAAACGGUCGGACGAGGGGCUUGCAAUUACGGACAUGGGCGAGUACCCAAACUCCCUCCACCAACAUCCAACAUCACCUGACACCAACCAUCUCGCCAGAGAGCAAGAUGUUAUUUUUCUAGGGAAUUCUACCAAACCUCUGUGGCGAAUGGACACCUGUCAUCCAGACAGCCUGUCCAAAGACUGCUUUACUUUCACGGACGCGAGGACCGUGUGCCUAGGCCUCUCCGGUAGAGGGGAAAAGGGGACACAGUUGGCGUACGUGAAUCUGAGCGAUUUGUACCUUUCUUUUUGUAAUUCAUACUCACUUUUGGAUUUGUUUUACGGGUUUACGAGUCCGGACGAUUUAAAUUGCACCCUGGAUAUGGCCAUGGGGGUGGAUCUGCUGGGAUGCAGCAAGUGUGUCCGGGCUUAUCAGCUUAUUGACAAGCGGGCCGAGGACAACUACCGGGAGUUUGAACUGCUGGUUCAGAAAUACGAGACGGAUGCAUACUCGGUUAGGACGUGCAUGGAGGAAUGCAAGAUGGUUUAUAAGCCCUGGCUGUGUUCUCAGUACUUCCAGACCACCCAGAUGCACUGCAGUAAGCGAAUCCCCUGUGGUCAGUAUUGCCUGGAGGUGCAGCAGCGGUGCCCCUUCGUCCUGCCCGACAAUGAUGAUCUCAUUCAUGGAGGCAGCCCCAGUUUUAUAUGCACAGGGCUGCUGGAGGACUAUCCAUCAGGUGUUGACCCGAAUGCAGAGUGCUGUGACGUGCGGUGGGACUUGAAAGUGGACAACCGUUCCCGGGGGACCCUGAAAAGAACUCACCCACCAUGCCAGCACCGUACCUCCCUCAGCUCCUCCGCAGCCUGCAGACUGUGUAACAGCAGGCUCAAACUCUGCCUCCUGGUCCUUGUCCUUCUACACACUGUUGCCAGCCUAACUGCAUCCCAAAAUGCAACGGGACUGGGCCUCCCCGCAAUUACGCCUCUGGAGGAGAGCCCUGCCAAUGAGGAGUGAUAGAGCUGUCAGUAGGAUGUGAGGUUGUUGGGGUGGGGGACUCCCUCACCAUGGCAACCAAUGUGGAAAAAUACAGCCACAGUUGUGCGAACGGCUGGAGCUGUGUGCCUGUGGACAUUCUGCAACGAUUUCUGGCAAAUGGAAAAUGUGGGACGCUUUAAGAUGAAAGACACACAACUCAAUCAAAACAAAUAAAUAAGUAAACAAAGAGACAUACUAAGGGACUCAACCAGUCCCUUAGAUAGGAAGGGGACAAUGCCAUAGCCUUUGUUGAGUGGGAAGGUCGGCUUCCCAUGGCUGAGUUUAUCUCACUAUGCUUUUUUACACUGUGUCUCAAUUAUUGGUUUCUGUUGCACUGGCUGACUAUGGAAUAACACAAUCAUAUUCUCUUUCUAAUGUUCAUCCUUUGUGUUUGUUUCUGGUUCUCUCAUACAGGAAGAAACGCGUUCUUUAAAUAAGACAGACAAUGUGGAAAAAAAAUGAUUAACUGCAAGUGUGUGUGCGAUGGUUGGUGUUUCUAGAUUUACUGUGUGUGUGGGUUUGCGUGGGAGUGUGUAUACAUGCAUGUUUUUACACAUGUGUGAAUGUGAGUGUAUGGGAGGGUGAGUGUGUAUUGCUGACAUGUAUCCUAAAAGUCUAGCUAACAGGCUGUUGCAGUGGUGAUGUUUUUAUGGAGCCCCCCCAAGAUGUCACUUACUAUAGCUCUGUCAUGCUGGUUUGUUGGCCACAAUCCCAUCCAAACUUGACUGGGUUUUGAAUGUGGUUUUGAUGUCCAUUAUAAGGACUGUGUUUAAUGGAGGUUUAUGGUUUUUCCACACUUUGUUUUGUGAGAUAAUAUUCACCUAUUAACACAGAUCUAAAUAUUUCUAACAGUAGCAUCAGCAAAAAGCUAACAUCUGCUAAACUGUGAAACACACCAGGCAAAAACUGCACGUAUUCUUCCACUAUGGCUAAUGAUAUCUCAAUUUUAUUACAACUUGGGACUUCUUUUAACAGUUUUGACUAUGAUUCAUAUCACUGACGUCUGACAGGGGAAAAGACUUAUACGGCAGAUAAAAUGAAGGCUGAUUGUGUACACACAAUUUUCCUGUAUAAUGAAGGACUAUUGUAAUAAUUUUGGGUGCACUCACUUUUAGUUUUACGCCAAAUACAAAUAAACUGACAGCUAUAAUCUAUAAUAUGUUUAAUAUAUGUCAUGUGACUGAGUUUCUUGCCCCAUCGAGCUUCAUUGUAGUGAUGUUGGGUUAGUUAGUGUGUUGCCUGAUCUCAGCAGUUACUUGGUUAAGUAAAAUGUUAUCGUGAUCAAUAAAACUGACGACAAAAACUAUAAAAGUAAGACCCAAGCUGUAUCAAACCAUAAUGAUAUUCAAGCUUCAGGUUAACACUACCAUAGGGCUGAGCCACUUGAACAAAAUUUGAAUCAAAAUAAUUUUACAUAAUAACAAAUUGACAGAUAUGUAGAAAGCUUUUAAUUAACAUACUGAAAAAAUUAGGAGGGGAUAUUAUCAUCGGGGUUGUUAAUUUUUGGUCCAUUAUCAUUUAAUAAAUCUAGUUGAUAAAAGUGUAUACCCUAAAUAACUGUUAGUUAUUAAAAUCCUGAAAAUAACAUGAACAUUUUGCUAUAGAUUGUUCACUUUUUAAAGAGUUUAAAAAAGAGUUGUUUAAUUACAGCAAACAAAAAAGCACAGAUAGGAUUUUAUCUCAUGAAACAAAACAUAAAACUGUUAGGCUUGUCUUAACCAAAGAUGUUAUUUCAGGCGUUUUACAACAAAGCUCAUUCAGAUUGUGGUCACCUAUCAGCAACAUUGCUCAACAAAGUUAACCAACAUCAAGACUAUAGCACCAGAUCAAUAUGUCAUAUUCACUGUUGUUCCAGACAAAGAAGCUUUUGUUAUUUUAGUUUAAAAAAUGUAAAGGUAGAAUCCAGUCCAAAUAAUAUCCACAACUAAAAACGAUGGGAACUGAACGUUCCUUAUUCUCUUCUGCCUCAAGAUCCUUGGCUCUUCUCCUUCUCCCUGCUGGUGCCCAGCAUUUAAACUACUAAUAUUUUUAUUAUAUCAUCACUCAAACAAAAACACAAUUUUUGAAACAAAACUGACAUCCACCUAUAUCAGUGGUGUCAAUUUAACCUCAGGCCUUUUUAUUUACAGGAAUCAUGAUGACUGGAUGUUACCUUUAAGGAAUCUCAUGCUGUUAUUAUGAAGAUAAAAUGUGAAAGUCUAACUAGAAAAGGUAACCGGCUACUUUCAGUAGCAUAAAGGAAAAUCCCUAGUCUACUAAUACAGUGGAUGUAUUAUACUACCCGUUCCCUGGCCAGAUAGUACAUAUGGAAUGACACUCUACAUAUCAUUAACAGACACUUGUUUCUGUUGAAUCCAAAUGUGUAAUCAAUUUUCAUGAACUGCAUGUGGAGGCUCUUUGCAAUGUAUGUCUCUUUUGUUGAUUGUCCUCAGCCCCACUCAGCACUCCACAUCUGAACCCAAAUCAGCUCCUGUAGCAUGCCCACUGUCCUCUACGUUUCUCCUCAAAACAUCAAACUAAUGUCUCAUUAAGUAAAGGGCUUAUUAAGAUAUACAGUACAAAUAUCCUCAUCAACACAGUCAGACACACUUAACCACAUUCACAUCCCAAUUGUUAGAAGACAAGGGUAAAACUUGGCUCACUUCCUGUUUUUUUUAAGCUUGUAUACUUGCAGUACAGAGGCACUCCACUGGCUAUUGCUGGAGAGCAGGAACAAAAACAAAUCCAGAGUGAAGAGCAUCACUGUUUGAGUUAGCACUAAUGGCAUAACCUGAUAAUCGUCCAAGUCAGCUGACACUUGGAAUGUCACAGGAAUGGUAUGACCUCAAGGGCUGACUUCUUCUUUAGUUUCUCGAUUUUCUUUUGUCUCUUCGAUGAACAAGGCUGUAAGAUCAGGUAUUUGAAGAUACAAAAUAUGUUGUUGAAUGCAUUCUUUUCCACUAUGAUUUCUUAAAUGAGAUGUCCAAUCUGAUGUCAAGAAUUUUAUUCUACAGCUGAUAUGAGGAUUUAAAACACAUCAUUAUUCAUAUACAACCAGUAUAUUGGCUUAUUUUGACAUAAUUUCAGUUUAGAACCCCCCCCCUAGACAUUACCAUUCCUACUUUCAUGAAAUACAUAAAUAAAAAAGUCAUUGUCAUUCAGAACAGUACACCCAUACCCAUCUUGGAUGGCCGCAGUCAGUGACAGAAAAAUGCUGCUAUUGGUUACCAGUAGAUGGAGAUAUUUUUAUUCUUUUAUAUUGCUGCUGCUGCUGCUGAAGACCUAUCACACAAAGACUGUCAUUACACAAGCAGUGUCAUUCAUACACAGGAAUCAGGAAGGCCGAGCUCUGGAGGAAAAAGUAAUAUGUGUGUGUGUUUGUGUGUGUGCGUGUGUGUGUGUGUGUGUGUGUGCAUAUACAGAAAGGGCCUGCAGGACAGGUGCGGCAAACCAGCAUUGUCUUUAGACCCACAUAGACCUGCUACAUCAGUUGUCUCAUUCACUGCAGCCCCAAAGCUGCAUGGAUUGUAGUAUGAAACCAUUACCAUAUACAGUAGAAUAUAUCAUAACUACGUCAAUGCCCCAGGACCAACACAGAGGGGUAGAACUAGUUUUCCCUGCACUGGUCUAAUAGAAGAAACCCCAACCUUGGUCUGAACUGAGAAAUGAGUGCAGAGAAGUGCAGGGGAAUGAUGUGGAGAAUGACCUGAAACUGGUGCCAAAGCAUAUCUUAUCCUUUGGUAAAAUAUAAAGCCAAUUUUAAUCUGACAUCACACGCUGCUUUUCAUGAUCAAACAUAAUGGACAGAACGAGGAAAACAGGGUCCGUCAGUGUCAGAGAAAUGUGCCAUGUUAUCAAUCAACAGAUUGCAUCUCAUAAGCCUCACACAACCCAAACAGAUGUACAGUAAGGGAUCUCUUCAAGAUAUACCUGUGAUUUCAUUCUGCCUACCAUGUCAUCAGUUCAUGCUGUGAUGUAACAGCCAUCACAAACCAACUGAUGGACAUGUAUUCAUACAAUAAACCAUGCCUGCUUUACAUGCAGAAAUGCACGCUGGUCCCACAACUGGGAAUGCUGUGCAUAUGUGUAGGCCUUCAUGCCACUUCAGAUAUCUUAGCACCAAGGAUGAACCUUGCGUGCAAGGUUUCUUCCAGACAUCAAUAGAAUUAGAUUUAAAUUAUGUAAAUCUCUUAUUUGACUUUAGUUGGUAAUGCAGGCAUGCGCGCAACAGUUACUCCGCUGUGAUCAUUUUAUCUGUUGUUCGUUUUGGUUUGUCACUUUUUUAUGCAUUAUACUGAGAAUAAAUUGUAUAGGGUCCUAUAGAUUCAGACUAGAUCCCUGACAAUGGUCUGUAGCAGUCGUCGGGUAUGGUUUGUCAUUUUCAAUAACACCAACCCCCAAAAAAUUAUUUUGUGUUUUUCCCCUGCACAUAUAGACUAUUUAUGCCUAUUGCCCCUAACCCCCAUGUGCACUCACCACCAAAUGUAUGUAUGUACACACAUAUUGCCCUCAUUCACUCCCUCUCAGCCUCUCUCUGUUUUCCCAAAUAGUUCUGUUUUCUAUCCUGUGGAUCUAUGCAGAAGCCCAUUCCUUUUUUGGUUGUAAAUAUGUUCCCUAGUAUGCUGAACAAUGUAUGUCUUUGCGUCCAGGUUUCAUUGUGUAUUUUAAGUUGAUGUCAUGCUGUUACUUUCUUCUUCUUCUUCUAAAUUCUUUCUUCUUUUUUAUUUUUUAUUUUGAGCAUCUGAAAUCAUUGAUGUUGAAAGAGAAUGUGGUGAGGUUUAACCUAUAGACUCGUCCUCAGCUUCGCAACCUCAUUGUGAAGGGUUGUGGUUCUGUGUGCGUGAAAGCGAAAGAUUUAUGAUUAUAGAAAUGAAAAAGGUUCAAAGUCAUAUAGAAGUAUCAUUGCGAUUAUGAUUAUUAUGAUUACUAUUAUACUACCAGUAUAUUGUAAUAUUAUAGAUGCUUUAGUUCAAGUAACUUCUUUAAUUUUUUUACAAACAACUUUGAUGAAAUGAUUUAUAAAACAGUCUCAAGUCAUGAUCUUUUCAAAAAGUAUGAAAACUACUGCUACAAUGAUUAAAAUUGUGUUCUGAUGAAAAUAAAUACAGACAUAUAAUCUGUU